AUGUCUGAAAAUAGGGUGUGUUUGACCAGUAGCGAUCCUGGUGAAGAAAUUAAGAGGAAAAAAAUUCUAGAUAAAAAAUUAGCAUCGCUGUGUAAGAAAGCACACGAUCUAUCUGUUCUAUGUGAUGUAAAGGUCGGAAUAGUUUGUUCUAUCCCUGAAAACCCCGAGGUUUUUUCUUGGCCGUCUUCCAUAGAGGCUCAGAAUACAGUAACUGAUCAUGUAGCUUUUCCAAAACACAAGAUAACUAUGCAUAACGACUUUCUUCGAUUAAAAAUUAAAGAGCGCGAAGAAGAAAUUAGGAAAUUAGAGGAAACUGUUGACAAGAUGGAAAUGGAGAACCUCUUCAAUGAAAUUCUCAAGGGAAACAAACGCCUCGAUGAAGUAAAUGUUGCCGAAAUAAAGGGUUUGUUAAAGUUAAUUGCUGUUAAGAGGGCUCAAUUUGAACAAAGGAAGAUCCAAGUUAAUCAGAUUGCUGCUAAUAACAACGGUGGAGAUCCUUAG